AUGGCUUCCCACCGCCAGCCAGAGGAUGCUAUCGAUGAUUCGGAGUUCAUCGAGGACCACCUGGAGCACCACCAGGACUCGGUCCACCGUCGUCUCCGUGCCAAUUCCACCAUCAUGCACUUCCAAAAGAUCCUAGUCGCCAACCGUGGUGAAAUCCCAAUUCGUAUCUUCCGUACCGCACACGAACUGUCCCUCCAGACGGUAGCCGUCUUCUCCCACGAGGACCGUCUCUCAAUGCACAGACAGAAGGCCGACGAGGCCUACAUGAUCGGUCAGCGCGGCCAGUACACCCCCGUCGGUGCCUAUCUCGCCGGUGAUGAGAUCAUUAAGAUUGCCAAGGAGCACGGCGUGCACCUGAUUCACCCGGGUUACGGUUUCCUUUCGGAGAACGCCGAGUUCGCCCGCAACGUCGAGAAGGCCGGUAUCGUCUUCGUCGGUCCCAGUCCCGAUACCAUUGACGCCCUGGGUGAUAAGGUCUCUGCCCGCCGCGCCGCUAUCAAGUGCAACGUCCCUGUUGUCCCCGGUACCGAAGGCCCCGUUGAGCGCUACGAGGAGGUCAAGUCUUUCACCGACAACUACGGCUUCCCCAUUAUCAUCAAGGCCGCCUUUGGUGGUGGUGGUCGUGGUAUGCGUGUUGUGCGUGAUCAGGGCGAGCUGCGUGACGCUUUCGAGCGUGCUACUUCCGAGGCCCGCACUGCCUUUGGUAACGGCACUGUCUUCGUGGAGCGCUUCUUGGACAAGCCUAAGCACAUUGAGGUUCAGUUGCUCGGUGAUAACCAGGGCAAUGUUGUUCACCUGUUCGAGCGUGACUGCUCCGUUCAGCGUCGUCACCAGAAGGUCGUCGAGAUUGCUCCUGCUAAGGAUCUGCCUGUCGAUGUCCGCGAUAAGAUCCUUGCGGAUGCUGUCCGCUUGGCCAAGUCGGUUAACUACCGCAACGCUGGUACUGCCGAGUUCUUGGUUGACCAGCAGAACCGCUACUACUUCAUUGAAAUCAACCCUCGUAUCCAGGUCGAGCACACUAUUACUGAAGAGAUUACCGGAAUUGAUCUCGUCGCUGCACAGAUUCAGAUCGCUGCUGGUGCUACAUUGGAGCAGCUCGGUCUGACCCAGGACCGCAUCUCCACUCGCGGUUUCGCUAUCCAGUGCCGUAUCACCACUGAAGACCCCUCCAAGGGCUUCUCUCCCGACACUGGUAAGAUCGAGGUCUACCGGUCUGCCGGUGGUAACGGUGUUCGUCUCGACGGUGGUAACGGCUUUGCUGGUGCCAUUAUCAGUCCCCACUACGACUCCAUGUUGGUCAAGUGCAGUUGCCGUGGUUCCACCUACGAGAUUGUCCGCCGUAAGAUGCUGCGUGCGCUGGUUGAGUUCCGUAUCCGCGGUGUCAAGACCAAUAUUCCUUUCCUGGCCUCCCUGCUGAGCCACCCUACCUUCAUUGAUGGCACUUGCUGGACUACCUUCAUUGAUGACACCCCCGAGCUGUUCACCCUCGUCGGCAGCCAGAACCGUGCCCAGAAGCUGCUCGCUUACCUGGGUGAUGUUGCUGUCAACGGCAGCAGCAUCAAGGGUCAGAUUGGUGAGCCCAAGUUCAAGGGCGAAAUCAUUAAUCCUAUCCUCAAGGAUGCCGCUGGCAAGCCUCUGGAUGUUUCCGCUCCCUGCACCAAGGGCUGGAAGCAGAUCAUUGACAGCCAGGGUCCCGAUGCCUUUGCUCGUGCUGUGCGCGCUAACAAGGGCUGCUUGAUUAUGGACACCACCUGGCGUGAUGCCCACCAGUCGUUGCUUGCCACUCGUGUGCGUACCAUCGAUUUCCUGAACAUUGCCCACGAGACCAGCCACGCAUUGAGCAACGCAUACUCGCUCGAGUGCUGGGGUGGUGCUACCUUUGAUGUGGCCAUGCGCUUCCUGUACGAGGAUCCUUGGGACCGUCUCCGCAAGAUGCGCAAGGCUGUUCCCAACAUUCCUUUCCAGAUGCUGCUGCGUGGCGCCAACGGUGUUGCCUACUCUUCUCUCCCUGACAACGCCAUCUACCACUUCUGUAAGCAGGCCAAGAAGUACGGUGUCGAUAUCUUCCGUGUCUUCGAUGCUCUCAACGAUCUCGACCAGCUCGAGGUUGGUGUCAAGGCUGUCCACGAGGCUGGUGGUGUCGUCGAGGCCACCAUGUGCUACAGUGGUGACAUGUUGAACCCGAAGAAGAAGUACAGCUUGGACUACUACAUGGGUCUGGUCGAGAAGAUUGUGGCCAUGCGUCCUCACGUCCUUGGUAUCAAGGAUAUGGCUGGUGUGUUGAAGCCCCAGGCUGCCCGUCUCUUGAUCGGCUCCAUUCGCGCCAAGUACCCCGAUCUCCCCAUCCACGUGCACACCCACGACUCUGCCGGAACUGGUGUCGCUUCCAUGAUUGCCUGUGCCGAGGCCGGUGCUGACGCCGUCGAUGCCGCUACCGACAGCAUGUCUGGUAUGACCUCUCAGCCCAGCAUUGGUGCGCUCCUUGCUUCGCUCCAAGGCACUGAGCACGACCCCAAGCUGGACCUGAACCACGUCCGCGCCCUGGACACCUACUGGGCUCAGCUCCGUCUGCUCUACUCUCCCUUCGAGGCUGGUCUGACCGGUCCCGACCCCGAGGUCUACCAGCACGAGAUCCCCGGUGGGCAGCUGACCAACCUGAUCUUCCAGGCCAGCCAGCUCGGUCUCGGCCAGCAGUGGGCCGAGACCAAGAAGGCUUACGAGGUGGCCAACGAGUUGCUGGGCGACAUCGUCAAGGUCACUCCCUCCUCCAAGGUCUGUGGAGACUUUGCCUCCUGGAUUGUCAGUAACAAGUUCACCGCCGAGGACAUUCUCGAGCGUGCCGACCAGCUAGACUUCCCCGGCUCCGUGCUUGAAUUCUUCGAGGGUCUGAUGGGCCAGCCGUACGGCGGCUUCCCCGAGCCCCUGCGUACUAAGGCCCUUCGCGGCCGCCGCAAGCUCGACAAGCGCCCCGGUCUGUACCUGGAGCCCAUGGAUCUCGCCAAGAUCAGAACCGAGAUCCGCGAGAAGUUCGGCGCCGCCACCGAAUGCGACGUCGCCUCCUACGCCAUGUACCCCAAGGUCUUCGAGGACUACCGCAAGUUCGUUGCCAAGUUCGGUGACCUCUCUGUGCUGCCCACUCGCUACUUCCUGGCCCGCCCUGAAAUUGGCGAGGAGUUCAACGUCGAGCUCGAGAAGGGUAAGGUGCUGAUCCUGAAGUUGCUCGCCAUUGGUCCUCUGUCCGAGCAGACCGGCCAGCGCGAGGUCUUCUACGAGGUCAACGGUGAAGUCCGCCAGGUCAGCGUCGACGACAACAAGGCUUCGAUCGACAACAUUGCCCGCCCCAAGGCCGACGCCUCGGACAGCAGCCAAGUUGGCGCUCCCAUGAGCGGUGUCGUGGUUGAGAUUCGCAUCCACGACGGCCACGAGGUCAAGAAGGGUGAUCCUAUUGCGGUGCUGAGCGCCAUGAAGAUGGAAAUGGUAAUCUCCGCCCCCCACAGCGGAAAGGUUUCCAGCCUCCAAGUUAAGGAGGGUGACUCUGUCGAUGGCCAGGACCUGGUCUGCAGGAUCAGCAAGGCGUAA